CGGCCGGCUGCUCCCCCGCUGACGUGUCGGGGAGGCGGGGCCUAGGGGAGCUGCCCCUCACCCGCGGGUGGCUGCUGUGGGUGCCUUACCUUCGCAGGACGAUGGCGAUGUCUGCCCCGUCCCCGCGGGCCGCGCCCGCCUCAGAUAAAGUUCGGAAAGACAAGACUGCACAUACCCCGGGCCCUGGUCAGGCCAGCCGCAUGGGGAAACUCUUGGGCUUUGAGUGGACAGAUGUAUCCAGCUGGGGGAGGCUGGUGGCCCUGCUAAAUCGGCCAAUGGAUCCUGCAAGCCUGGCUGUCUUCCGAUUUCUCUUUGGGCUGUUGAUGGUGCUCGAUAUCCCCCAGGAGCGGGGGCUCAGCUCCCUGGACCGACGGUACCUGGAUGGGCUGGAUGUGUGCCGCUUCCCCUUGCUGGAUGUCCUGCAGCCGCUGCCGCUUGACUGGAUGUAUCUUGUCUACACCGUCAUGUUUCUGGGGGCACUGGGCAUGAUGCUGGGCCUGUGCUACCGGAUGAGCUGUGUGUUAUUCCUGCUGCCGUACUGGUAUGUGUUUCUCCUGGACAAGACGUCAUGGAACAACCACUCCUAUCUGUAUGGUUUGUUAGCUUUUCAGCUGACAUUCAUGGAUGCAAACCGCUACUGGUCUGUGGAUGGUCUGCUGAAUACCCGGAAGCGGAAUGCCCACGUGCCUCUCUGGAACUACGCUGUGCUGCGUGGCCAGAUUUUCAUUGUGUACUUCAUUGCGGGUGUGAAAAAGCUGGAUGCAGACUGGGUGGAAGGCUAUUCCAUGGAGAACCUGUCCCGGCACUGGCUCUUCAGUCCCUUCAAACUCGUAUUGUCCGAAGAGAUGACCAGUCUGCUGGUGGUGCACUGGUGCGGACUGCUCCUUGACCUCUCGGCUGGUUUCCUGCUCUUCUUCGACGCCUCAAGAUCCGUGGGCCUCCUCUUCGUGUCCUACUUCCACUGCAUGAACUCCCAGCUUUUCAGCAUUGGUAUGUUCCCCUAUGUCAUGCUGGCCAGCAGCCCUCUCUUCUGCUCCCCUGAGUGGCCUCGGAAGCUGGUGUCUCACUGCCCCAAAAGGCUGCAAGAACUGCUGCCCCUCAAGGCUGCCCCUCAGCCCAGUGCUUCCUGCGUGUAUAAGAGGAGCCGGGCCAAAGGCAGUCAGAAGCCAGGGCUGCGCCAUCAGCUAGGCACUGCCUUCACCCUCAUCUAUCUCCUGGAGCAGCUCUUCCUGCCCUAUUCCCACUUCCUCACCCAGGGCUAUAACAACUGGACAAAUGGACUCUACGGCUAUUCCUGGGACAUGAUGGUGCACUCCCGCUCCCACCAGCACGUGAAAAUCACCUACCGUGAUGGCCGCACUGGCGAGCUGGGCUACCUUAACCCCGGGGUAUUCACACAGAGCCGGCGAUGGAAGGAUCAUGCAGACAUGCUGAAGCAAUAUGCCACUUGCCUGAGCCGCCUGCUUCCCAAGUACAAUGUUACUGAGCCCCAGAUCUACUUUGAUAUCUGGGUAUCCAUCAAUGAACGCUUCCAGCAGAGGCUUUUUGACCCUCAUGUGGACAUCGUGCAGGCUGCCUGGUCCCCCUUCCAGCCCACCCCCUGGCUGCAGCCACUGCUGAUGGACCUGUCUCCCUGGAGGGCCAAGUUACAGGAGAUCAAGAGCAGCUUGGACAACUAUACUAUGGUGGUCUUCAUUGCCGAUUUCCCUGGGCUGCACCUAGAGAAUUUUGUGAAUGAAGACCUGGGCAACACUAGCAUCCAGCUGCUGCAGGGGGAGGUGAUUGUGGAGCUGGUGGCAGAACAGAAGAACUACACUCUUCAGGAGGGAGAAAAAAUGCAGUUGCCUGUUGGCGAGUACCAUAAGGUGUACACAGUGUCACCCAGUCCUUCCUGCUACAUGUACGUCUAUGUCAACACGACGGAAGUUGCACUGGAGCAAGAACUGGCAUAUCUACAAGAACUGAAAGAGAAGGUGGAGAAUGGAAGUGAAACAGGACCUCUACCCCCCGAGCUGCAACCUCUGCUAGAAGGGGAAGUAAAAGGAGGUCCUGAGCCAACACCUCUGGUUCAGACCUUUCUUAAACGCCAGCAAAGGCUCCAGGAGAUCGAACGCCGGCGAAACUCCCCUUUCCAUGAGCGAUUCUUCCGAUUCUUGAUGCGAAAGCUCUAUAUUUUUCGCCGCAGCUUCCUGAUGACUUGUAUCUCACUUCGAAAUCUGGCAUUAGGUCGCCCUUCCCUGGAGCAACUGGCCCAAGAGGUGACUUAUGCAAACUUGCGACCCUUUGAGCCACUUGGAGAGUUGAAUCCUUCAAAUACAGAUUCUUCAAAUUCUAAUCCUCCUGAACCAAAUUCUGAGCAUAUCCACUCAGAGUUCUGAGGUGGGGGUACAGCCAGUCACAGGACCAUUACCUGUGCAGUGGAGAUGUGAAAAAACUUUUACAGAUAUUUAUAUUUUUCUUCCUUGUCUAUAGCUCUUUUAAAUUCAGAGAUGUUAUCUUAGAGGAAGGAGCCAACAAAGUAAAGCAAGGAUAAACUUUAUAAAUCCAAGGGUUAGAGGCCAGGAGGGGGUUAAAAGCAACGUGAAAAGGUCCUUCUACUAUAAAGGGGACAGUCAGGUGUAAAGUGACUGGCUCCUUGGGGAAAGAGAUUUUAUGUACCAUGAUGAAAAUAGUAGCUACGGUAAGUAUCAUCAAGUGCUUGCCAUGUGCACAGUGCUUUACACAGUGCCUACGUUACAUUUAGUCCUUAAUGGUCAUUAGUCUUAUUUUACAAUUGGAGAAACUGACAUUGAGAGGUACUAUAAUUUGCUCAAAGACAUAAACCUAGUAAGGGAUGGAUUGAUGGUUUGAACCUCAUGACUGACUUAAGGUCCUUCACCCUGUCUCUUGUAAUUUUGAGAAUCACAAUCAUUCUGAAAUAAUGUAACUUAAAACUUGUUUUAAUUAUAGGUAUGAUGAUUUAGGAUGGUGAUCAGGUUCUGAAUGCAUAAAUUUUCUCUUCGCUAUAAUUCUGGUUCCUUCUUAAUAGUUUCUCAUAUCUAUUUUUCCUGUAAGUUUUUCACUAGAAGUUAUGAGAGGAUAACAGAAAGUUAAAAUAUAAGGAAAUUUAGAUGAUU